UGUCGGCUCGCGCUCUGGCUCACACAGUGAUCUCCCUCGAAGAUGGCGGGCGCCUCCGACCCUCUGGAAGACAUGCUGUUCUCGGAGGUGGAUGAGAAAGCCGUCAGCGACCUGGUGGGCUCUCUGGAGUCGCAGCUCGGCGGCCGGAGCGACCCGGCGGCCGUGGCGGCGUCAUCGGGCUCCGCAACGGCAGCGUCGGUAACGGCGCGCGGAGGCGGCGGCGGCGGCGGCGGCGGCGCGAACCACCGCUUGGCUCGAGCGCUGCCUGCGCGAGCGGGCAGCACAUCCGAGCAGCAACAACAACAACAGCCGCGAAAAGCCGCCGGGACCGGACAGGACUCGGACAGCGGCGCCGGACAGGACAGCUCGAGCCCGGAGAGCGGGAGAGCGAGCGCUCCGCGAUCACUUGGAACGAGCGCGAGCAGCAGCAGCAGCCCGACCGGGUCUGUACCCGAGGGGCUCGCGCUAACGGGAACUUCUCCGGUCAGCAGCGGGCCCGGUAACAACAAAGGUGCGAGCUCGCGGGACUACGACACGCGUAAGAAGCAGCAGCACGCGGCGGUGCGGACGAGGCGCUCCGGAGCGCAGAGCGUGAACGGCGACAGCGCAGCGACCACAACAGCGGCUGCAGCGAGCUCUCCGGCCAGGAGCGACACCGCCGCCGCCACCUCCUCCAGCCACCCCGCUGCUGCUGCUGCUCCCGGCUCAGUGACAGCGGCGUCCAGCCGCGCGGUGACGGGAACGACCACAACGGCCACCAUGACCACCACAACGACCACCACGUUCACUGUGAGCGGCACCGGCGCCUCCGCGUCCUCCAUCGCGCUGGACCGGGGGACCCCCACCAUCGCGCUGCACCGUCUCCCGAGCCACAUCGUCGCCAGCCUCGCGCAGAACCGCAACGGCACGACUACAGUGUCUGCGCUCGUGCAGCAGGGCGCGCUGGGUCCCGCUCCGCCGCCACCACUGCCGCCACCGGUGCUGCCGGUGCUGCCGGCGCCGCAGGUGAACCACAGCAAAAGCGCCACCGAAGCGGCGAAACCGAGCGGUCCCAAAGCAGCUGCACCCGCAGCCGCAGCCGCCCCGAGCCAGAACUCAGUACCGGUACCCAGCGCAACGGCGGCCGUUACCACCACCUCGUGUACGGCCGUUACUAGCUCGCCCGGUCCCGUGGCCGUGACCACCGUCGCCACCGUCACCGUCACCACAGCGGCCGCGGUGAGGCUCGCGCCCCCCGUUAACGUUGCGCCGCCGCAGCCUCCCCAGGUUCGAACCGCGCUCGCGGCGCCGCAGCGGAUCGUAGCCCCGCAGCUGAUCGUCAGAGCUCCGCAGCAACAGGCGACCAUUCAGCUGCCUCCCGGUUUCACCAUCCCGCCCGGGAUGGUUUUGGUGCGGACGGAGCUCGGGCAGCUGGUGAUGGUUCCCCAGCAGGCGCUGGCUCAGGCUCAGGCUCAGGCUCAAGCUCAGGCCCAGGCCCAGGCUCAAGCUCAAGUUCAAGUUCAAGCUCAGGCCCAGAGUAACCUGUCCCCCCGGCCUGUGACCCCAACCACCGGAGCCACCUUCAGAGUCACCACCCCACAGUCUCCUGUCUCCUCUCAGGCCUCUCGGGCUGGUCCCACGCUCCAGUCAAAAGUGGUUCAGUCCCCCACCCCGAGUCCUGCUCCUCAGACCUCUACUGCUGCUUCUGCUGCCCUCACUAGGGCGCCGUUGGCGGCAGCGGCCGUGGCGGUGACGGCUCCCCAGCAGGUCCCCGCAGCACUGGGCCCCCAGGGGCCCCACGGUCAGCCCACGCUGGCCCCUCCCAGCGCAGCCGGCCCCGCCCCUGGAGCUCCUGUCAUCUCCCAGGAAAUGCAGGAGAACGUGAAAAAGUGCAAGAACUUUUUGGCAACACUAAUCAAACUGGCAUCCCAUAAUUCCCCCUCCCCGGAGACGUCCCGGAACGUGAAGGCGCUGGUGCAGGACCUGCUGGAUGCCAAAAUUGAGCCGGAGGAAUUUACCAACCGGCUACAGUCUGAGCUGAAGUCGUCACCCCAGCCUUACCUGGUCCCUUUCCUCAAGAAAAGUCUGCCGGCGUUGCGGUUGUCCCUGCUGAACAGCCAGCAGUCCCUCACGCAGCCUUUACAGCCCGCCAAGACCAGCAUCACCCCAACUGGAGCUGUCGCCGGGGCCGUUGCCACUGGUAACGUUGUACGGCAACCCAACAGCACCACUGUGCUGCCACAAGGUGUUAAGAGGGUAGGAGGUGUAGCAGGGCAAGGGCAGGUCCGGAUGCCUGUUGUCAUCACACAGACGGUGCGGCCCGCAGGUGCUGUAGGAAAAUGUCCAGUCGUCCAGACGAGUAAAAGCCCCACAGCGCUCCCCGUCCAGCUCUCAGGGACCCCGAAGAACAAAGUCAACGACCCCGGGGGAGGCUCCUUCAGGGACGAUGAUGACAUCAAUGAUGUGGCGUCUAUGGCCGGGGUCAACCUGAACGAGGAGAGCGCCCGUAUCUUAGCAACCAAUUCAGAGCUAGUGGGCACGCAGAUCCGCUCGUGUAAAGAUGAGGCCUUUCUGCCCACAGGCCUGCUGCACCGCCGCAUCCUGGAGACAGCUAAGAAGUACGGGGUGACCGAGGUGCCUCUGGAGGCGGUAAACUUCAUCUCUCACGCUACGCAGUCGCGGUUACGGACAGUUCUGGAGAAGGUCACGUCCAUCGCCCAGCACAGGAUGGACUCCAACAAGGAUGAGGAGUGGUACGAGCAGUCGUCGGAUGUUCGCUCUCAGCUGAAGUUCUUUGAGCAGCUGGAACGGCUGGAGAAACAGAGGAAAGACGAGCAGGAGAGAGAGAUUCUCCUCAAAGCAGCUAAAAGUCGCUCGAGGCAGGAGGACCCAGAGCAGGCUCGUUUGAAGCAGAAGGCAAAAGAGAUGCAGCAGCAGGAACUGGCCCAGAUGAGGCAGAGAGACGCUAACCUGACGGCUCUGGCCGCCAUCGGCCCGCGGAAAAAGCGCAAGGUGGACUCGCCGGGAGCCACGACGUCGGGCACUGAGGUGUCCGGAGGUUCCGCCGGUUCUCCAGCUUCUUCGUCCUCAGUAUCCACGUCCUCACGGCAGUACCCCCGCCAGCGAAUCACACGCGUCAACCUCAGGGACUUCAUCUUUUAUAUGGAGCAGGAACGAGAGACGAACCGAUCGCUCUUACUGUACCGCGCUCUGCUGAAGUAGCUAACGUCAACGAUGCUAACACUAACCGAAAGACAAGAACACACAACACACGAAAAAACCUACAACACGGAAUCGGUAGCCAACAGCGAACACUCACCGCACCCAGCAAUCUCAAGCUUCCUACAGCACCCUGCAACGUGCCUUCAGUGACCCUUUCUUUCCGCUCUCAGUGUCUCUGUCGUGAUGUCGAUGUGGCUUUUUUACUCACGAAAAAAAUUUUUGAAGUGAAAAUGACGAGAAAAAAACGUCGAUGUAUCUUUUCACUUUUUGUUUUCAUUUUUUCUUCUCCUGCAAAAAUAAAUUCAUCUUAAAUUUGUCA